AUGGUGUGUCGUGUCAAACCACCAACGAUGCAAGAUCCAACGAGUUGCAAUGAUUGCGAUUCGAAGACAAGCGCUAUAACAGCAGCAAUGCGUCCACAGCUUUCCGUAUCGCCUUCUGCCUCACCAGACAAACUUCAAACAUCACCAUUAUCUAUGUCGCCGCCAUUACCAUUGCCACAACUUCCCGCAAAGCCUCCAGUAUCUAGUGGUCGGAUAUGGGAUGUUCCAGCAACUAGUGCGGUAUCCAUUGUAAGUUCUACUGCAACAAAUAGUAAUAGCAAUAUAAAAGGAUCGUCGAAAUCUGUACAAGAACCAACCACCAAUUCUUCAUCUCCCAAGCGACCUAGCUCGACAACUUUGCUCAAUUCGGAAAUGCCGUCGUUGGUGCCUAUAAAUGCGCCGAUUACAGUUCAAAAGACAGUAACCACCGGCACGCAGUUACUACCUGACAACAUUCCAGUUUUUCAUCGGCAUAACUACAAUCAACAAGGCAUUGUAACACGUAAGGAGUUUUCUUGUCCGUUGUGUCAGCGUCCAUUCGGUACGCGUCACAAUCUGAAACGCCACUUUAUGAUACACACCGGCGAAAAGCCAUUUUCUUGUAAUAAAUGUCGCAAACCGUUCAGAGAAUACUCAACGCUGAAGAAGCACAUGGUGACACAUCAACGAGAUCGGUAUUAUAAAUGUCUCCAUUGUCCGAGAAAAUAUAGAGACUACUUAGAGUACAGUGAACACAAGAAAGCUCACGCAAACGAGAAUGAUGAUGAUGAUGAUGAUGACAAUGCUAAUUUUGACCAGCAACAACUAAGUUCGUCCAGCAGCACAUCCAGCCCGCAAAAGCGGGCAAAAACGCGCUACGAUAGUAGUUAUGAUUCAAACGAAGAAGAUUCUUCCACGGAAGAUUGGCUCGAGUGCUGCGAGUGUAAACAACGUUUCACAGAAAUCGAGUCGUACACCAAGCAUUUGAAAGAACAUGAUCCAUCUGUGUAUCUCUAUGAAUGCUAUAUUUGCAAGAAAACUUUCGAACUACGCGACGAAUUAGUGGAGCACGUGAGUGCUUGUAAGGAGGAACUGCGCGAGACUGCAUUACAACGAGCAACUUGUUUCAAUUAGAAAUACUUACUCUUCCAAAAGUAACAUACUAAUCGUCUAGAAUUAUGCCGGCCAAUGCAAUUUUUGAUACAUCACAGCAAGACUGUGGAGGAAUUUAUAUAUCAAACGGUAGAAAAAAAUAUUUCCUCUAAAAGUACACCUCCGGUGCAGUUCUGAUAUGAUGAAGCUCAUAACGCAUCUGAUAUUCGACAGCGGGCUUACAAACCUCAAUUUGUCGGAUAACAAAAAGACGCUAAUCACAAAUCAUAGUAGAAGCUCAAAUAAUACAUAAAUUCAUACAUACAUACUUAUAUACCGAAGAUAGAACCGGCAUCUGAAAUAAAUGUACUAUCAUUCCAGAUAUUUUUAUAGCAAUAUUAAGCAAAAUGAACGUAGUAAGAAGUACUUAAGCAUUCCUGUUUUGUUGUAAUUAACACUUAAACGAUCUUCCUUUUGGAAAAUGUUUCCCAGUGACAUUCCAUUUAUAUGUAUACAUCAGGGUUGUUGCCAAUAUUAUUCCGAAAAAAAAGUCCUUUCUGGAAAAUAAACA